AAAAAAAAAAAAGAAGAAGAAAAAGAACAUCAAACUCCAAAGUCUAAACAAAACAAAACAGAGACAAAAUCGCCGGAGAAAACGAGACUCUGGUGAUCUCUAUCCGUGUCUCUAAACACCCACAUGCACAUACUCUUCUCUCUUUUUCUCAAUCCGCUCCUAUUCCAUAUCCCUCCACCUAUCCACAGUCCAUCUCUCUCUCUGAUCCAAAUCUCUGUCUUCACAUCCGCUGUUCUUCUUCUCUCCGGCGGCUGAUCGUACAAUGUGGUGUUAAGUUUUUCUUUUGGUGAAUGGGGUAAUGGCCGAUUCGUUAUCAUCAGCUGGUGUUAAAGAGAACAAGCUAUGGAAAGGGGUUUUCGCCGUGGCAGGAAUCAUGACCACUCUUGUGAUCUAUGGUGUUUUGCAGGAAAAGAUCAUGAGAGUCCCUUAUGGGGAGAACAAAGAGUAUUUCAAGUACUCGCUAUUUCUUGUUUUCUGUAACCGCAUUACAACCUCUGCUGUUUCUGCUGGCGUUCUAUUGGCAAGUAAAAAGGCCUUGAACCCUGUUGCUCCAGUUUACAAGUACUGCCUCAUAUCAGUAUCCAACAUAUUAACCACAACUUGCCAAUAUGAGGCCCUCAAAUAUGUCAGUUUUCCUGUUCAGACACUUGCAAAAUGUGCCAAAAUGAUUCCUGUCAUGAUCUGGGGUACUGUCAUUAUGCAAAAGAGAUACAAGGGAAUGGACUACUUAAUUGCUUUUCUAGUUACUUUGGGUUGUUCAAUUUUUAUUUUAUUUCCGGCAGGAACUGAUAUCAGUCCAUACAGCAGAGGAAGGGAAAAUACUGUUUGGGGUGUUACCCUGAUGCUUGGUUAUCUUGGGUUUGAUGGCUUUACUAGCACAUUCCAAGAUAAACUAUUUAAAGGUUAUGAUAUGGAAAUACACAACCAAAUUUUCUACACUACGUUAUGCUCUUGUGCUCUCAGUUUCACAGGCCUUGUAGUGCAAGGGCAUCUACUUCUAGCCGUAGACUUUGUUUAUCGCCAUAAAGAUUGUUUGUUUGACAUUGCUCUGCUUUCCACUGUAGCAACUGCUAGCCAGUUCUUUAUUUCUUACACAAUUCGCACAUUUGGUGCUCUCACUUUUGCUGCCAUAAUGACGACACGACAGUUGGUGAGCAUCAUGCUGUCGUGCGUGUGGUUUGCCCAUCCUCUUAGCUGGGAACAAUGGAUUGGAGCUGUUAUCGUCUUCGGUUCUCUGUAUUCAAAGAAUUUCUUGAAAAGUGGGUCUUCGAGGACUCCACCUUCAGAACAUGCACAAAAUGGAGCUUCCAGUCCAGUGAAGCCAAUUCCUUGAAAUCAGAAUUUUCAAGUAUUUUUCAUUCAACUUUGGUGCUGCCUCUAAUUUUAUGGUGAUAUGCAGCUAUUAUUAUAGGUUUGAGGCUGCAUGCUUUGUAGAGAUGGUGAUUAAAAAACUGAAAGGCGGCAUUUCAUCCCUAAUCUAGACAGCAUCACAGGCUAAUGGAUCUUUCUUAAAUUAGUUGCAAUGUAGUUUAUAGUUUUGGAAAAGGAAAAUUUAUGAGAUCCCAUUUUUGUGUGGGGACGAUAAUUUAUAGAUUGACAAAAUUCACAAAAAUGUUUCUUUUCUUUUCUUUUUUGUUUUGGAUACAGAAAUUAUAAAAAUGUACAAUGCCAUUGCAUAAUUUUGUUUUAUCAUUUCUCAUCUUAUGGAUAAUGUACACAAAUUUCCUUUGUAAUCUCCUCAGCUUACUAGGCAGUUCACAGUUA